AUGGCCGCCGAUGAUGAUCAGGACUUCAGCUUCCCAGCCACCACCGAUGCGCUGCUGCCGCCGCGCUUCAUUGAAUCGCCGCCUCUUUGGUGGACGAACUCGGUGGCCUCCCGCCGCGAAAGGCUCCGCAAAGGAGGAGAAAAUGGGGGGAAGUUUGAUAGAACUAACAGCUUCUCCCCAUUAGUUUCCAAGAAAGCCUAUCAUGUGCAGAGAAAGAGCUUUUCUUUCGUGGAGCGGGGCGCGACGAGGAGGAAGGUUAUUGAGGAUGAUCAUAGCAGCGAUGAUGAAGAUGAAGAGGAGGAGAAGAUGGAUAUGUUGUGGGAGGAUUACUUCGAUGAAGAGAUGAAGAGAAGUAGUAAGGUGCAGGUUGAAAUUUCUAAUUCCAAUCAUCAUCACAAUUUGGCUCCGAGAGGGAAAAAUAAUAAUAAGGUUGAGUGUAAGUGUGUUCGAGCCUUGAAGUUGUCCAAAGCUACCAAAAUGCCAAGCAUAGAGUUUUUCAUCAAUCUCUUGAAGAAGGUUUGGAGGAGGAUUUCAGGCAUGGUCGAGGAAAAUUAA